AUGAGCAAACGUCUUGCUUCCUUCAAGGGCCCGUCGACCCCCUCCUCUUCUCCCGUCGCUGCGCGACUGCAGCCCGGCCAGCCGUCCCCCUCCAAAACCAGCGAGCUCCCCCACCACCGCACCCUCCGGAACAACCUCCUCGAGAUCCGUGCACUCGCUGCCGAGUGGGACGACAGGGUGUCUUCUCAAGGACUGAGGGCGGCGUCCAAACUUAUCGACGCUCGCACUGAGCUCGACAACGAGCUGGCGCUCCUGCCUUCCGGCAAGCAGCCCACUUACCCCAUCGUCCUCGAGAAACUUCGUGCCAUGGAGGACUGCAUCGAGGAUCUCCGCACUGUGGUCACACGGCUAGUAAGCCAUCACUCUAGCCGAAGGCUUUUCCAAAAGCUCAACAAAAUCAUUCGAAGUCUCGAAGACCUCUUGUACGAGGUGCAUAAAACCAAAGGAUGGAAUUUCGUCGAAGAGCCGCUCUGGGUGACUUGGUCACUGGAGAAAUUCGUCACAAAACUGCCAUUCAUCCUGAAGCCGUAUCGUCGGUCUCUGGAGAUGCAUCUUCGGCUCCUUGAACAGCUCCGGCCUCACGACGUGACCUUCGACGAGUCCCGUCGGAUCAUCUCCCAGUGGCAAGCCCAGCCGCACCUCGCACAGGGCGGAUGGGACGUCAUCUGGGAAGACAUCUGUUCAGUCGAGGUCGAUCGCUGGCCGGCACCUCGGUGA